AUGGAUCCCUUCACAAGCUUAAGCCUAGCAACGUCUAUCAUCCAAAUUGUCGACUUUAGCUUGAAGCUAGUAAGCAAGGGCCAUGACAUUUACAAGAAUGGUUCCAUUACUAGCUUUGACCAAGCGAAGUCGAUUGCCAAUGACUUGACGGGAUUGACCCAGAGCCUUACUGGUCCGCUUGACUCUAUUUCCAAUUCCAAGGCCCACCUGUCCGACGAUGAACUUAAACUCAGCAAUCUUGCCACAGAAACGGGACAAAUUGCGCAGGAACUUAUCACACUUGUCGAACACCUAACACGUCAUGGCGGAAAAGCCAACCCAUGGAAGAGCUUCCGGCAAGCACUGGAUACGGUAUGGAGCAAAACGAAAAUAGCAGAAAUUAUCGAUACUCUAAAUGCAUUCCGAAACGAAUUGAUCUUACGGGUUGUCGUGUCACUCAAAUUCGACCACAAGUUUCAGCUGGCGAGAGAGGACGAGCGCUUUCGCAGCAUGCAGCAAGGAAAUAAGAAAAUUGCAGAAGCUCUGCUCGACAAUAAAAACUUCUUCACAGGAGGGUUAGAUCGGAUUUUACAAUACAACAAAGAUGAAUGCGCAAUUGCAAAAAUUAGGCAUGAAGAAACCAUUGCUGCUUUAGCCACCCUUCAAGGACACUUCGCAAACCUCAACAUCACGGACGACCUAAAGCCCGAGUCCCUUCGGGACUUGAGUACGUUACAACGAGAUGUCCUCAAUUGUCUAUGGUUUAGAUUCAUGGGAGACCGAGGUGCAGAAAUUUCGAACGCAUACAAGGAGACCUUUCAGUGGAUAUACGAUGGAGAAGCGAUGUCAAGACGGGCGUGGGAUAGCCUCCCAGAAUGGCUUCAACAUGGUGAAGGCUGUUUCUGGAUAAGUGGAAAAGCUGGCUCAGGCAAAUCAACGCUCAUGAAAUUCGUUGCUAGCGAUUUACGAACGCAUCGGCUCCUUGAACAAUGGUCGGAGCAUGAGUCACUGCUCUGCGCUUCCUUCUUUUUUUGGAACAGCGGCAUUUCGUUGCAGAAAUCUCAACAUGGCCUCCUACGCGCAAUAUUACACGAAAGUCUGAGUCAGUACCCCGAGCUUGUCCCAGUUGUCUUCCCGACUCACUGUCGAAUGUUUGCAAGACGCAGAUUGGACAUUCACGAUCCGUCUUUGGUCGAACUAAUGGACGCUUUCAAGAUAUUGACAACGCAAACGAGCAUGCCACUCAAAAUUUGUCUUUUUAUCGAUGGCGUGGACGAGUACGAUGGCGAUCAUGUUAAGUUUGCCGAGUACUUGCGCUCCAUUGCGUCGCCGCGCUGUAAAUUUCUCCUCUCCAGCCGACCUACACCGAACUGUGUUGAAGCCUUCGAAAGCUGUCCUAGUCUGCGCCUGCAAGACCUGACAAACACCGACAUCCAGACAUACGUAAGGGGAAAUUUGGUGGACAAUUCCCGUGUGAGAGAGCUAUUACAAGAUAACCCAUCUUUAGGGGACCUACUCACCAGCGAAAUCGUAUCAAAAGCUUCUGGUGUCUUUUUAUGGGUAGUUUUGGUUGUCAAAGCCUUGAAAGAUGGCCUCCGUAAUCGCGACAACGUGCAGGAUCUGCUUAGACGGGUGGAUGAGCUACCAGCAGACCUCGACAACCUCUAUGGAGAGAUGCUACACCGUAUGGACCCAUUUUACAAGCGACAAGCGUCGAUGCUCCUCCAGAUGGUCUAUUGGAGCACCCAACUUCCAGCCAGCACACCCAUGACUGCGUUGAGACUGUCUUUUGCGAUGGAUAACAACCCAGACACUAGUAUCAACGCGAACAUUUCGGAGAUUCAUAUAGACGAAUUGGUUCGAAGAUGUCGUGAUAUUGAGGCAAUUGUACGAAGUCGUUGCUGUGGCCUCCUGGAGAUACAUGGGCCACAUCGUGUGCUCUUCGGAGAGUCAAAGGAUGAAACUGUUGAAACUUCUACGACAUUGAGCAUCACAAUGACGAAACAGAUACUGGAACUGGUUCAAAUUUUAAGCAAUAGAAGUGAGAUGUCUGCUGAUGCGGAAAAACUUCUUAUGGAUCUCCUAGCAGAAAUGCUCCCACUCACAUAUAUCCGGUCCCAAGUACACUUUCUACACAAGUCAGUCGUUGAUUUCCUGGAGAAGCCGGAUGUCUGGAAAGAACUUCAGGAUAUCACGUCUUGUGACGGAUUUGAUGGGGCGGUGUCUCUUGUCAGUGCUUCGUUAUGCGAGAUAAAAUCAGCCUCCGUGGAACUGGAAAUUGGCUGUAGUGUCGAUGACAGUUCUAUAUGGGAAAUACUCGUGCGAGCACUGCAUGAAUGCAGCCUUACUGAAGGUUCUACCGGCCAAGCCCAGGCGAUGUUGAUUGAAGAGCUAGACGCUACGAUGGAGUCUCAUUGGCGCAAAAUCAAGGGAUGGAUACCCAGAUUUGGCAAAUCACUUGACGAACUGGGUCAUUGGUCGCAUACUGUUCCGUCAUCUGACUCAAAAUUCGUUUGGAAUCACGGCGCGGUUCCGUACGGCUCUAUCUUCGAUCUCGCCUGUACCUUUGGUCUUGUUCAGUACGUCAAAGACGCGGUAGCGUACCCAGGAACACUGAGCCCAGAUUCAAGUUCGUCCGCACACCAUUCUAAUGGCGAUGCCCGUAUGAUAGGCUUGGCUCAAAGAGCUCUAAAUCGGAUCAUAUUGGACAUAGACAACAGCCAAGCAUCUACAAGACUAUGGAGUCUUCAGCUGGAGAUUUUGGAAUUUAGUCUCCAUAGCGGUGCAAGCCCAAAUUUAGCCUUUUUCAAGGGCUUAUCACCCUUCCAAGUGGCAUUGCAUCGCUGCAAUCCGCGGGAUGUCUCAGGUUGUCAAGACUGGAAGUCAAUACUCCUAAAACUAGUUGACUAUGGAGCAGAUGUCAAUGCCCCACACUCCGGGGACGCGUAUCUCUUUGCAACGGGAGACGACUGGUUCAACAGCGGUCGCGAUAUUCGGGUGUGGCAGACACCAUUAGUUGCGAUCCAGGAGAAAUUUUCCGAAGUUGGAAAGGCAGCAAAGACCUCGCGGACACAGGCACGCAAGAUAAAUCAGUUGUUUCAACAAUUGCAAAGCGUGCUCAUGAAGAGAGGGGGCUCUCAUCGGACUUGGGUCGAGCGGGAGAUGUUGGAUGAAAAUGGUAAACGUCAGAUUGGAAAGUGGGAAGCAAUUACGGAUCCAAUUGAGGUGGAAAGCAUUCUAGAAUGUCUUUGA